AUGGGUUUUGAUCCCACCACCACCACCCUUAGGUUUGUCGAAGCUCUGCGCCUUGUUAAUGGAUUGAAUAACGAAACAAUCAAAGCAAGAGUUGAAGUCUACAACAGGCUAGGCUUUGCUGCGGAUGCUGUAUGGACAAUCUUCAAGAAGUGGCCAACCUUCUUGUCAUACUCGGACAAGAAUAUAGCUGAAUCCCUUGAGACAUUUCUAGAGCUGGGAUUCAGCAGAGAUGAGUUUGUGAUGAUUCUCAAGCGUUUUCCUCAAUGCCUUGGAUUAUCUGUUGGGAUGGUGAAGAAGAAAACUGAGUUUUUGGUGAAGAAAGAGAUGAAUUGGCCGCUAAAGGCUGUGGCUUCGUACCCUCAGGUGCUUGGAUACAGCAUGGAGAAGAGGAUUGUGCCAAGGUGUAAUGUAAUCAAAGCUCUUAUCGCCAAAGGGUUGAUCAAAAGUGAACUCCCUCCAGUGUCAACUGUUUUGGCAUAUACAGAUCAGGAGUUCUUGAAAAGGUAUGUGAAACAUGGUGAUGAUGAUCUUGUGGCUGAGUUGAUGGGUAUUCUCACUGGAGAGACAAGAGCAAAAAGAUAA